GCUUUUUGAGACCUUCUCCUCUGAAAAAAAUGGGCUUUCGUCUACCUGCAAUUAGAAGGGCUUCUUCAUUUUCAAGAAACUUUGCGUCUUCAAAAGGAGUCGAUGUGCCAAAGGGCUUUCUUGCAGUCUAUGUUGGAGAGAAAAUGAAGAGGUUUGUGAUUCCCAUAUCAUAUUUGAGCCAACCUGCAUUUCAAGAUUUGCUGAAUCAAGCUGAGGAAGAGUUUGGUUAUGAUCAUCCAAUGGGUGGCCUCACAAUUCCCUGCACUGAAGAUGUGUUUGAGAAUAUAACGUCCUGCUUAUACGGCUGUUGACAAGUUAUAGUUUAAGUUUCAUUUAUGUCUGACAUGGAUUAGUGAUUAGUCAAAACAAUUUUGUAGUGUAAGCAAAUUCUUAUGGUGUAAAGAACUUCCCCCCCCCCCCUCUUGGGGAGGAAAAGUGACCGAAGUCAAUGAGAAAUAUAUAAGUGGUGACUUUGAUUAUCUCUUGUUUCCCAAUCAAUUAUCUUUGAG